GCAUGAAAAUAAACGCCGGUUAGAAGGUUAAGAAGAAUGUCGCUUCUAACCUAGUUUUUCUUGCAAUUUGUUUGUUACUUAAAAUGAAGCAAAUUUAAUGUUUAAUGAUAUUUGGAAACAAUGAUUGGCAUCAAAACUGGAAUUAGUAGACUUUGCCCAUCUUUGGGCACUUUGAUUCGACCCUUGUGUUCUAAAGCGAUUUUAAAUGAAACCAGCUUGGAUUUUUCGUUUCGUGAACAAUUUUCGUCAGAAGAACAUUCUAAAAUUCUGCAAACAAUCAACGAGUCAUCACCGGAAGAGCUAUCCAGAUAUAAGAUAUCAAAUGGGAGACUUAAAGGCAUUACAGAUUGGAAGCAGACAAAAGGUCCUUUUAAGUCAGUUGGUGAAGUCCUAGAAGUAGACGGAUUUGGAGAAAAAGCCUUGAAGGACAUUUGCAAACGAAUAGUGGAUAAUAAUUUAUGCGAAACUAAGUUGGCAAAUGCCAGGCAGUAUAAAAAUAUAAAAAAUCUAGUGCUUCCCGAACUGAGUUCGACGUUGACACAGACGUUAGAAGAUGUAGUUGCUAUUCAUCUAGACCCUAGUGGUAUAGGGUGGUCGAAAAUUAAAAACCAACACAAUCUGGUCACUGAUUGGGAAUAUCGGAACUUUAGUUCCUUGCCUGCAAAAAUGUUGCCUUCAGACGCAUUUUAUCUGGCUUUGGAUAUUGUGAAAGCAAUACCCAGUGGAGAUUUGUACAUUUUCGAAGCACCCCCUAUUUUAAGCCCUCAAAAUCUGACUAAACAUGGUGUUGUUGCGACGCACAAUCAGCAUGUUGAACUGCAAUCAAUGUUACUGACAUUGUUGAAUACAAGUGAAGUUCACAAUAAGUUUUUGGAAACAAUUGCAGAUGAUAAGUUUUAUUCUAGAGAACUUCCAAAUGUAGUGUUCUAUUUAAAAAAUAAAGUUGCUGCUAGACUGUUUAAGACACUGAUUGGAUAUGAAAAAGUAUCUGCAAUAACCGCCAUUACUGGAAUAGUAAAAGAUGAUGCAGGAAUAGUAACUUUACUGCCAUGCUCACCUGUUAAAUUUGAUUGCAAUGUGUAUACAGCGUUCUUAAAUCAAAGUUCCGCUAAUAAAGAGUUAUUGGCUCAAGCUUUAAUGUUGGCUGUUAGUUUUAUGGACUUGUGUAUAUAUAAAAAUGUUGAUAGUUACGAUGCUUUAAAACCAACACGAAAGAAAAAGUAGAAUAGCUUCUACUGUAAUAACAUGAGUUGUGUAUUUUAUUAUUACUAUACUUAAAAUAUACCAAACAUUAAAAGUU